UCAUCUUGGGGUCGGAAUAAAAGGGCUGGAAUAAAAGGGGGCAGAAAAGACGCCGGGCGGGCCCGAUACACACCAGUAGGAGCCGGGUGGCUGCAGAGCCGAAGCCAGGCCGCCGCGCCGCGCUGCACCAUGGCGCCCACCCUGGCCACUGCCCAUCGGCGCCGCUGGUGGAUGGCCUGCACGGCCGUGGUGGAAAACCUCCUCUUCUCGGCAGUCCUCCUGGGCUGGGGCUCGCUGCUCAUCAUGCUCAAGUCGGAGGGCUUUUACUCCUACCUGUGUACUGAGCCAGAGAAUGUCACCAAUGGCACGGUGUGGGGUACGGCAGAGCCGGAGCACGAGGAGGUGAGCUGGAUGAAUGGCUGGCUCAGCUGCCAGGCCCAGGAUGAGAUGCUAAAUUUGGCCUUCACUGUGGGCUCCUUUCUGCUCAGCGCCAUCACCCUGCCCCUGGGCAUCGUCAUGGACAAGUACGGCCCGAGGAAGCUUAGGCUGCUGGGCAGUGCCUGCUUUGCUGUCUCCUGCUUGCUGAUUGCAUAUGGAGCAAGUAACCCAAACUCUCUCUCCGUUCUCAUCUUCAUCGCCCUGGCUCUGAAUGGCUUUGGUGGGAUGUGCAUGACCUUUACCUCAUUAACACUGCCCAACAUGUUCGGAGACCUUCGGUCCACCUUUAUUGCCUUGAUGAUUGGCUCCUAUGCCUCCUCAGCAGUCACCUUCCCAGGAAUCAAGCUCAUCUAUGACUCUGGUGUCUCCUUCAUCGUCAUCCUUGUGAUCUGGGCUGGCUGCUCCGGGCUGGUUUUCCUCAACUGCUUCUUCAACUGGCCUCUGGAGCCCUUCCCGGGGCCGGAGGACAUGGACUACUCGGUGAAGAUCAAGUUCAGCUGGCUGGGUUUUGACCACAAGAUCACAGGGAAGCAGUUCUACAAGCAGGUGACCACAGUGGGGCGCCGCCUCAGUGUGGGCAGCUCCAUGAGGAGCGCCAAGGAGCAAGCAGCGCUGCAAGAGGGCCACAAGCUGUGCCUGUCCACCGUCGACCUGGAAGUGAAGUGCCAGCCAGAUGCCACAGCGGCCCCCUCGUUCAUGCACAGCGUGUUCAGCCCCAUCCUGCUGCUCAGCCUGGUCACCAUGUGCGUCACUCAGCUGCGGCUCAUCUUCUACAUGGGGGCCAUGAACAACAUGCUCAAGUUCCUGGUCAGCGGCAACCAGAAGACAGUCGCCCUGUAUACCUCCAUCUUCGGCGUGCUCCAGCUGCUCUGCCUCCUGACGGCCCCCGUCAUCGGCUACAUCAUGGACUGGAGGCUGAAGGAGUGCGAGGACGCCUCUGAGGAGCCCGAGGAGAAGGACGCCAACCAAGGCGAGAAGAAGAAGAAGCGGGACCGGCAGAUCCAGAAGAUCACCAACGCCAUGCGGGCCUUUGCCUUCACAAACCUGCUGCUGGUGGGCUUUGGGGUGACCUGCCUCAUCCCCAACUUGCCUGUGCAGAUCAUCUCCUUCGUCCUGCACACAAUUGUCCGAGGAUUCAUCCACUCUGCCGUCGGGGGCCUGUAUGCCGCCGUGUACCCCUCCACGCAGUUCGGCAGCCUCACAGGACUGCAGUCUCUGGUCAGCGCGCUCUUUGCUCUCCUGCAGCAGCCGCUGUUUCUGGCCAUGAUGGGUCCCCUCCAAGGAGACCCUCUGUGGGUGAACGUGGGGCUGCUCGCCCUGAGCAUGCUGGGGUUCUGCCUGCCCCUCUACCUGAUUUGCUACCGGCGCCAGCUGGAGAGGCAGCUGCAGCAGAAGCGGGAGGACGACAAGCUUUUCCUCAAGAUCAACGGUUCAUCCAACCGGGAGGCUUUCGUGUAGCGCCUACCACCUCCGAACUGGGGCCUCCUGCCUGUGCUUCAGUGACUGACCCGUGUCCUCCUCCCCACCCCAGAGGACCCCACGCACCCCCAGGACCCUCUCCUCCACCGUGUUGGAGUCCACGCUCCCUCCCAGGGCCCUGGUCUGCCUCGGAGCUCUGUGGUGUAAGGACAGGAGAGGGCCCAGGAUGGGCUGGUCUCUACUGCUAAAAGCAGGGGCUGCUCUGCUGGCUGCCCCCGAAGGACCCUGGGGCCCCGGGGCUCCACGGUGCCUGCAGGAGGAGGCUCUCUCCCUUGAGUGUCUGGAUUCUGCCUCUUGCCAAAGCAGAGGGGUCUGCCAUCCCCUGCCGCCACCUGCCUCUUGGCUGCAUGCCCACUGGCCACGCCUGCCCGAGGACAAAGGCUUGCACCGUCUGCACCCCCUCGCCUGGCCCCUCACCUCCUCCUCUGGCCAGUCUGAGGCUGCCUGAGGAAGGAAGGACCCGCUUCCUGUUGUUGGUGCUAACUCCUUUGUAAUUCCAGCCCCCCAUGGCCUGUCCUCCCAUUUGAGGGCUGUGGAGAAGGCCCCCUGGCUUCCAGCCUGGGGAAGGGAUGAGGGCCAGGUGGUCGCAGGAAGCCUCAGGAGCCAGGAGCGUGGAAGAGGCUGACCGGAGGUCCCGCGCCUCCUCCCUCAGGGCCUACGGGGGCAGCACGUUCCCACUGCCACCCGCAGGCCAGUCUGCCACCUGAAGGGGAUUAAAGGACCACCAGCGGGGCGCCCCGGCACACACAGCUGUUCCGUGGGGGUGGAAGUAAGGCUGUGGCUCACAGAUGUGGAGGUCCAGGCCUGGGCCCGGAAGUGGAUUUGUGAUGGCCCGAGGGCGGGGGCCGUGUGUGUGCAUAUGGUAUGUGUGCGAUGGGAGUGCGGGUGGGCUCUGCGGGGGUCUGCCCCUGUUCCCACCCUCCAGGCCUGCAGCAGGCCCUGCGCGAGGGAGCCGGCCUGGCUCGCAGCCAGGAGCCGGUGUGCGGCCGCGGGGCCACAGCGCCCCCUGCUGGCGGGUUCUGCCAGGGCCCUGGCGCUGUUUACGCGGGAGAGGCCCGGCCUGCCUGGCUCACCCACCCACCUUGACCGCCCCCAGAAAUGUGUCUGACACCUCCUGGGAGUGCUCAGAGGGGUGAGUUGAUUUUUUUAGGUUUUUAGUUGUUUUUUUCCUCUUUUGAAGUUUUGUCAGACUUCUUUUUAUAAAGCAAUAAAUCCAUUUUUCUCCUGGGUCAGGGAUGUCCCUUCUAGCAUAUCAGUUAAUGGCUGCAUGUGCCUGUUUUGACCUUGAGAAGAAAAGGCAGGACAGGAUUUUCUGCCACUGACCGGCCCCAGCCGUACUCAGCUGCUCACCAUCUCUCGGGGGGACUGCUGUCUUGGGAGGGGCGGUGGGCCAGGAAAAGACCUUACUUCCCCGUCCCCAAACACACAGGGCUUGUGCAGACAUCUCAGAAGUGUGGCCACCCCCCGCUCUGCUGCUUCCCUCAGCCACACAGGCUAAUCCCAACCCUUUCCAUCCCCUACACACAUUUCCUGCCCCCCUUCCACAAGCCUGAGGUUUCUCCUGAGUUCGGGACACAGGGUGAGCCCAGGAGAGCCUCGGGCUCAGAGUAGAGUCAGGGUGUGGUGGGGGAUGAAGGAGAACAGGGGAGGGCAGGCCGGGCCCGAAUUCAAGCUCUGCAUUAACACCAGGGCACCUCGAACACCCGAUCUCCUAGGCUUUAGUCCACUCAAAUAGUAAAAUCAAACUCCCCCUAACCAAAAAUCAAACCGAGCAGAAAGAAAUAGAUCCACAUUUCCCAAACCACUCCUUAGAACACUUGUUCUGUGGUAAAUUAAUGGUCAUUCUAGUUUUUUAAAAAGUUCUAUAGUCAAAUUUAGGAAAGGCUGAGUUCAAGUGAGCCUGUUACAAUGAAGCACUUGCAGCACUUUCUGCACACUUGUGGCUCAUGAACUUUGUGGCUCUCUGAGAGUGUGGCAGGUUUCCUGCUGAGGAGACAACCAGAGCCAUCGGACUCCAGGUGUGGCCCAGUGAGCACCCGCAGCAGAGGCUCCUGGGGUGCUGGUUAAAAACAUGGGCUCUAGGUCUAGGUUGUGCCUCUGACUGGGGAUUCUGGUGCCUCCCCGAGCUUGAGACCCGCUGUGGAAGAGGAGUGCAGCUCGGGAAAACAAAUGAGCUCGGGCCCUUCUAGCUGGGAAGAUGUGUUAUUGAGGUUGGCCAGACAUGGCCUGUGCUGUCCCCAGCGGUGCCCAGGCCCAGCCAAAAUGGGAGCUGCUGCCUCAUUCUCCCACCCUCCCACAGAGUGUGGCCCUUUGUGGGAAGAAGCAGGCACCGAGAAACUGGCAUUGGGGUGGAAAGCAGUUCAGGGCCAACAGUGGUUGGGGACUUGAGGCAUGAAAAUAGUCGCAGGGCACAGAGGCUGUAGCUAGCCAGAGGGGUUGGGUACUACCUGCACCCCCACCUGCUAGUCCGGGGCCAGUCAUUCUACCCUGACUUUGUACAGAGUUGGCAGUUUACAUGUUUCCCUAUGAUCACUGAAUCUUGAUGGCAAUCUAGGAGUUAAAUAGAUACUAUCCUUAUUUUAUAGCUGAAAAACUUGAUGCCCAGACAGGUACAGUAACUUGCUCAAGGUUAGAACCAAGACUCAUAUAUGGGUCUUAAGUCAUUGGAGCAGGCAAGUCCCUCUAGUCAGGGACACUGCAUUCGGAGCAGCAGCCCCGGGAGCCACCAGGCCACUGCAGCAAGGAGGCAACUGCCUGAGGAAGGGGAACCAGCCCAGGCAUAGUCUGUUUCUGGGGGCCAAGAGCUUUCUCAGAGGAAGCGGUGGGCUUGGUAGAAUCAUGUUGGCCCUGGAGGCUGAUGGGUACUUGGGGGAGCAAUUCCCUGGUGACCCCAACCCCCAAGAGGAGUACCCUGAGAUGACCAUGGCUGAUCAAAGCAGUGGGCACCCAGUGGCCGCGGCCCUCCUGUCUUCUCCCUUGUCCUCCAGGCUCCUGGUGGGAAGGAGCAGGGAGUGACGCCUGGCCCUGUGCUUUCAGAGUGAGGAAGGGGCUGGGCCAGCCUCAGGAAGACUGCCCGGAGCCCCUCUCCUCACCAGGCUCUGAGGUCUAGGCAUUCCUUUGUGGUCGGCUUCCUCCAACCCUCUAGGCCUCUGACUGCAGCUCCCACUGCCCAGGCCCGCACACAGGGAGAGCUGGCCAACAACAUGGCGCAGGCUCCUAUGGAUUCCGGUUUGCUCCAUCUGCCUUCCCCUCUUGAACCCAGUAUCGUCCUGGUCAAAGAACUACUUCUACGCAAAUCCUCCUUGUCAUGGCCCUGUGCUGUGCAGUCUGAGGACAGCGUCACAUUGCCCAAGGACACUGAAAACAGUGGGAUAUCCAGUAUUGGGUUUACGUGUGCAGGACUGUCCUAGACAGUAGCAUAGACACAUUCAGCCACGUGGGGUUUCUAAUGCCCUCGCGUGCCAACCUGUAUGAAUGUGAGCAGAUAAUGACCAGCAGUGGGAGUGCGGACAAGCUGUGGCCAUCCCGUGGUGAAGGGCUCCUGCGGGGACCUCCGAGGAGGCUUUUCCACAGAACUGGCCGCCAGGGCCGUCUAAGCAGCAGCUCCCCUCCCUCUGAAGGGUAAAAGGAUGGGCUCUCAUGGGCUCUUGGGGCAAGCAGGUACCUUAUCUGUGACAAUUACUGGAGGCCCAACUCAAGGAUGGUAUCCCACAGUCCCCGAAUAUAGACCAUGGGAUUAUGAGGGUUGGGAGCCUGGGACCCCCAAAGUAAAUGGGUUAUCCACAGGCUGCAGCCCUCCCAUGCGGUAGGGGGUCAGGGUGGGCUCUGGGAGCCUGUUCCCCCCAUGCCCUGACUCACCCCAAGGCCUGGGGUGAGGACGGAGCUUCCCGAAUGUCAUGAAGGAGGUGCAGCAUCCUUCACGUGGGUGGCCUACCAGGUUCAGGCCUCUCCCUGCCAACAUGGAGCCACCGCCCUGCCCCCUGGUCUCUGCAGUUAGUCAUUUUCACCUUCCUGGGCAGAUCCGGGGCCUCGACCCUUCUCGGAGUGAGGCUCCAUCGCCCUAUGCCAAGGAGGCAAUGAGGGAAGAGCAAAGGUUGGGGAUCUUGGUGGCCUUAGACACCAGUUGAGCUUCAGUUUCUCAUCUGUGAAAUGGAGGUAGUAAUACCUUCAUAGCGUGGCUAAGUGACCUGUAGGUGAGCACCUGCCCAGCAGCAUACCUGGCACUUAACAGUAGCAUUAUUUUUAGGACCCUGGAAGAAGGCAGCUAGCACAGGGAACGAGGCACUCCCCGUUCACCCGGCCCCCAUAACAAGAUACCCACCUGAGGGUGCUCUGACCAGGACAGGCCAUUGGCCAAGUCGAGAAAGUGAGGCCUGUAUCUGCCAACCCCUACCCUUCUCACAACCCCUCUCUAAGCAGAAGCCUUAAGAAAUGAUUCCCUUGUUUGCUUGUCUUUUGUGGCUUUCACAUUUUGGUAAGACUUGGCCAAAAAGCUUCUCAAGCUAAUUUCUGACGGGUGACAGAUUUGUGUUGAGUGGGGUGACUCAGAUCACGGUCACAUAGGCAGCAUCUCUUCACCUCCUCCUUGUGAAACUGCUUAGCUGUGCCUCUAACUCUGUGUGUGUGUAUGUAUGUGUGUGUGUCUGGGGUGUGCUCCGAGUGUGUCACGGUUCGCACGUGUGUGGAGGAGCUUGUCUGUGUGCCUUGCUUCCUGGAUGGAACAGAGGGGGAGGGUCUUGCCUUGCCGAAUCCCUUUCCAUUGCUGGAAAGAUCUUCUAGGCAGGCCUGGCCCAAGGACCCAGCCCAGGCCCUCCAAGUGGUGCCUGAAGGGUUAAUCCAUUCCCUGUAUUAACCAGGGUCAAUACAGUGUCCUUGACAACUCAGCAGCUGACCCCGACUCUUCCCUGCCCCUUUGCCAUUUCUAGCACCUGGCUUACUUCCUGGCACACAGUAAGCACUCAAUAAAUGUAUGCUGAGAAUGACUAAGAA